CUACUGAAAAUCUUAUCAAGAUGGCCAAGAUGAAGUCUACCUCGGCUACAGGAAGCAAGCAAAGGGCGAUCAGAAGUUGCUUAAGAACUCCACCAUGGUUGAGAACAACCUUCAUGCAGUGUCCGGACCCGAUACCGUCGAUGGCAGUAAACGGGCCGCGAAAGUGACCCGUGCUGCCCACACCCACGCAGCAAAAGUGCUCCAAACUCAACACCACCAUGCUGUACGUGCACUGCGUGUUAGUCAAGCAGCUCAUGCACGCGUGUCCAAGGCUGCGAAGUAUCAACCAAAGAGUGACAAUAGUUAG